AUGGAGAUUUUAGCUUUAAUUAUUGUUCUUUACAGCACAAUUUACAGCAUUGAGUGUGCUAAAACUUACAGAUUUGUGUCAAUUGAAACCUGUAAGACUGACAAUGAAUUGAUUGUGGCUUUUAAAAAAUGUGAAAUUGAUGGAAUGUAUUUAACAUUUAUUACUGAAGUUAAAUCACCAAUUACUAAAUUAGUUAUGAGCACCCAAAUGAGCAUAAUACAAAAUGACAAAAAAACCGUCCUCAAAGAGUCAAUAGCUUCAUUCAAUUGGUGUGCAUUGUUUGGUAAAAAUGGAAAAAUUCCAAAAUCACCAGGAUGGAAAGUUGUGAUGAAAGGUUUUGGAAAAUAUUUUAAGGAAUACAUGACAUGUCCAAUUAUCAAGAAUAUUGAACUUAAUCGAAUUCAUGGAGAUCCAAAAAUGAUGCUUUUUGUGCCGAAUUUAAAAGCUCAAUUUCAAUUGGCGAUCAAUGCUUAUAGCGUCAAUGGAUUGAAGGAAUUUGGGAAUAUAUCAUUUACUGCUGAAGUUCUUGAUUAG